UUAUUGCACCAACUGUGGAAACCACGCCACGUAUCGGAGGUGAAAAAUUUCGUAGCGUUGCCACUGGUCACGUUCAGGCCUUUAAUUUAAGAGGCGACGCGACACCAUCGCAUCAGGAUCUCCCUCGUACAGCACAUCUCAUAACUUGUCCCCAUCUCCCUCUCUCGUCUGCGUCCUCGCUCAGGUUUGAUCUUAAUGAAUUCAAGGACCACUGGACCAUUCUCUGUUUCCUGCAAAUCGGGAAACAAUAACAGCUGCUUCUUCUGGAUUCUAUUUUGCCUGUUGCCAAAGUUUCUGGGGACUCCUAUUGCACGCGUUAACUUUCUUUUGAUUAAGGCCAUUGAUAGGAGCCCCUCUGCAGUUCGUGUCUCGGAGAUUUGCACAGAGAUCACAAUUUAGCUGUGGAUAGAUUUGGCCAACUGCAGUUAGCAUCUGUAGAGAGGGAGUAAUUGUUUCAGCUGUCUGCAGUUGGCAUCUUACCGUUCUUUGUAACAUGGUUUCCUCUCAGUUAUCAGGGUUAACAAAGACCUUCAUGUGCAAACCAUUGCAGAACCAGUUGCUUUUUCCUGAGAACCCUCCGGAGACUCUAGUCUCAGACCAUGUUGAGCUAGACUUUGCUGAUGUAUUUGGUCCUUUGCAAGCUCAGGCAUCUGAAGUGAAUUGUGGUGAUUUGGCAAAUCCUUUGGCUGGGACAGAUAUCACUGAGCUUAUUUACGAUGAUCCAGUUGUUAUUUACAACCGAUCGCAUUCAUUGGUUGGUCCCUCUUCUUGUGUUAGCCAGUCACCGAAGCUUAAUAAACUCACUUUACAUGAAACAGAGGAUUCUAUGGAGCUAGUGGAACUUGAGGAAUCAUCAGAUGAUGAUGCCAAUGAGAAAGUUGUUGAGGACAAUAAUGGAGAUUCUUUGGAGGUCCACAUUGUAGGGAUCGAAGAUUUUGAGGUUCUGAAAGUUGUUGGGCAAGGUGCAUUUGGGAGAGUUUAUCAGGUUAAGAAAAAGGGUACAUCAGAAAUAUAUGCAAUGAAGGUAAUGCGGAAGGACAGGAUAGUUGAGAAGAAUCAUGUUGAGUACAUGAAAGCAGAGAGAGACAUUCUGACAAAAAUGGAUCAUCCCUUCAUUGUCCAGCUUAAGUACUCCUUCCAAACCAAAUAUAGAUUAUACCUUGUUUUGGAUUUCAUCAAUGGGGGUCACCUCUUCUUUCAGCUCUAUCAUCAUGGCCUUUUCAGAGAGGAUCUGGCUCGUGUAUAUGCUGCUGAAAUUGUUUCUGCAGUUAGCCACCUUCAUGCAAAUGGUAUAAUGCAUAGAGAUCUAAAACCUGAAAAUAUCCUGUUGGAUGCUGAUGGCCAUGUAAUGUUGACUGAUUUUGGCUUGGCAAAGCAAUUUGAUGAAAAUACAAGAUCAAACUCAAUGUGUGGAACAGUUGAAUAUAUGGCACCCGAAAUUAUUCUUGGAAGGGGCCAUGAUAAGGCUGCGGACUGGUGGAGUGUAGGAGUUCUAUUAUAUGAGAUGCUGACUGGAAAGCCUCCUUUUAUUGGUGGGAACAGGGAGAAAAUUCAACAGAAGGUAGUUAAGGACAAGAUGAAGUUACCAGCUUAUUUGUCAAGUGAAGCGCAUUCUUUAUUGAAAGGGCUGCUACAAAAAGAUGCCAGCAAGCGCCUAGGCAGUGGUCCUACAGGAAGUGAAGAAAUUAAGCGUCACAAGUGGUUGAAGCCAAUCAACUGGAAGAAAUUAGAGUCUAGGGAGAUCCAGCCCAGUUUCCGUCCAGAAGUAGCCGGGAAGCAUUGCAUUGCAAAUUUUGAGAAGCGAUGGACUGACAUGCCACUGUCAGAUUCUCCAGCUGCCAGCCCCAAGAGUAAUGUGAACCCUUUUAUUAAUUUCACUUAUGUAAGGCCCCAAGUCCCGUUCCUUCCAAAGAACGACCCUUUGUGGUAGCUUGCCCUAUUUAUCAAUUUCUGUGGUUUGAGUUUGAAAUGGUUUUGUUCAGAAAGUAUUUAGGUAUCGUUUUAUGGGAUGUAAUUGCUGGGAAGGUUGUGCUUACCAGUAGACAAAAGGUCAUUUGACUUGUCGAAUUGUAUUUGAUAUUUUUAAUUAAGGUGUAUUGUGUGUUCCUCCAACAAAAAGUCUACUGAUUGGCAUUUGAG